UUUAGAGAGACCAUGAUAUUUUUUACAAUCUUCAAAAAUCAAAAUGGAAUUCUCCAUUCUUGUUACGUAGACAUCUUAUUCACUUAAACGACAGUUUUGCUGUUGGGAAAUGAGAGUAAACUCUGAAGUUUAUUAAUUAUUUAUAAUUUACAUUUGUGAGUUUAUAGAAGAGUUAAUAUUUUUUUUUUUUUUGCUGUAUCUUUGUGAACACGAUUUGAAUUGCUAAUUGAUAGUUAUGUUAUAUAUAGUUAUUUUUUAUCCCUGAAACUCACAGUUUUGUUUUAGAACGAAUAUGGAAGAUGGCUAUAAGAUUGAUCGUAACAAUUGGUGUACUUCGAAUAAUAUAUAUAAAGGGUGGUAUAUAUACUCCAGAUGAUUCAUCACCUGAUGGUGUUAUCACAAAAUAUUUAAAGGGGAAAACUGAAGUAAGCUGUCUGUUGCAGUGUGAAAGGGAUGAACAAUGUGAUAAAACCAUGUUUAAAAUGAAGAAUAAACAGAGUAGAAGCGGAGAGUGCUGGUUUGUUAAGGAAGUAUCCAAUGGUACCAAAGAUGAAGUCAAAAAAUUGAAACAGGAUAUAUUAAUUAAGAGUUUUAAAAAGCUACCUUUUUGUGGUAAGACUCCGUGUUUUUAUGGAAGAUGCGUAAAAACGGACGAUUCUAAACGAUACAAGUGCCAAUGCAAAGAAAAUUGGACGCUAUUAAAACAAAAUGUUUGCUUUGGAGCACGUGCAAACCAAUUUGGAAGAUUCAAAGUACAACAAGAUGCAGUUAUGACAGGUAUAAAACUGCACCAUGUAGGUGGUGUUGGCGUGACCUGCUACACUGCUGGUGCAGCACCCACAAAAUGGGGAUGUCUGUCUGAGGGAUCAGGAUAUGUUUGUGUGAUCAUUUCAGUUGAACGAAACAUACUUUACCCGUCUAUGAAAUAUCAUAUCUCAAACGGUUACUAUGCCGUCCCAGGAUACAACGCAAACUCCCCUUAUUUAAUUUUUAAUGCAUCAUAUCACAAGGUUCAUAAAGGACAGGAGUUGAGAUUGUACUACGGUGAAGAUUUUCAUGAUUUUACUGUUAACAACAACGGUGGAGAAUCUUGCGCUGAUAUAUUUGCAACGUUCUGCGAUGCAUAGUUAAAUAAAUUUGGACGCGCAUCUUAAACUUUUCCUGUAUCCGUUGGCAAGAAAAAUUAUCGUAAAUGUGGAGAAUGAAGUUUAUAAACAGACACGUGCACUAUCGAAUAUCACAUGCAGAAUUCCACUGGUAUUAAUUUAAAGCGCAUGACUGAAGUGUGCGCAUAUGGAAACUUUAAAGCGUGACCAUUAUUGUAUAACAUUCUUAGUCUUGAAUUUAACUGCAUUAAAUAAUGCUUCAUCUUUUGUUGCACUCUGUGGGAGUGAAAGUAAUUUCACUAGCA